CGGGCCGACCGGCGGACCUAGGAGGGCGCGAGAGAGGCAGGAAGCGGAGCGGCGCGGCGCGGGCGGACGGGCGGGAGCAGAGCGGCGCGGGGCGAGCGAGCGGAGCGAAGCGCGGCGACCGGGCCCGCACGGCGGCGCUGAGGGGCGCAGAGGUGCGCCGAGCCCAGCCGAGACGGCCGGAACGGAGUGCGAGCAGGGCUGCCGCCGGCGCCGAGUGGAGUGUAGCGGAGCAGAGGGCAGCUGAGGGGCCCGACACUAUGAAGAGCGCGGCGCUGCCGCCGCAGCCGCCACCGCCCCAGUGCCCCGCACCGCCCCCCGCCGGGACGCCGGGCAGCGCCUAGCGGGCCGGGUGGCCGCGCCCGGGCUACAAGCGAGGGAGCGCGGGAGGGGCGCGGGGACGACACAAGAGCGCUCCGCGACUCCGGCCUGAGUGGGGCCCCGGGCCGGCCGGCCUGCCUCACCAUGCAGCCCCCGAGGUAGAACCUGGACGGCGCCGAGGAACGUGGAGCGGCGGGCAGCCCGCUCGCUCGCCGGAGACGGCCUCGUGCCUGCCUGCUUUCUCCAGCCCGGACCCCCCUGAAAUAUGUUCAGGGGCGCUUGGAUGUGGCCUGGAAAAGACGCCGCCGCGCUGACUAUCUGCUGCUGCUGCUGCUGCUGGGCUCCCAGGCCGAGCGACAAACCUUGCGCCGAUUCCGAGCGGGCGCAGCGAUGGCGACUGUCCCUGGCGUCCCUGCUCUUCUUCACCGUGCUCCUCGCUGACCAUCUGUGGCUGUGCGCGGGGGCCCGGCCCCGGGCCAGGGAGCUGAGCAGCGCCAUGCGGCCACCCUGGGGGACCAACCGUGAGCGGCAGCCAGUGCCUCCUCGUGCGGUGCUGCCACUGCUGCAGCCGUCCGGCGAGCCCAGUGCGCCCCCAGGCACCUGCGGUCCCCGAUAUAGCAACCUGACCAAAGCCGCUCCCGCCGCCGGUCCCGGGCCGGACUGCGGCGGCAUCCCAGAGCCCACGGGGCUGGAUGCAGCUUGCACCAAAUUGCAAUCUUUGCAGAGACUUUUCGAACCGACUACCCCAGCCCCACCUCUGCGGCCCCCUGACUCCCCUUCCCGUGCUCCGGCCGAGUUCCCCUCCGCCCAAAAAAACUUGCUCAAAGGCCACUUUCGGAACUUCACUCUCUCCUUUUGCGACACCUACACGGUCUGGGACUUGCUGCUGGGCAUGGACCGCCCCGACAGCCUAGACUGCAGCCUGGACACCCUGCUGGGGGACCUGCUGGCCGUGGUGGCCAGCCCGGGCUCCGGGGCCUGGGAGGUGUGUAGCAACUGUAUCGAGGCGUACCAGCGGCUCGACCGACAUGCUCAGGAAAAAUAUGACGAGUUUGACCUCGUGCUGCAUAAAUACUUACAGGCGGAAGAGUACUCAAUCCGGUCCUGCACAAAAGGCUGUAAGGCUGUCUACAAGGCCUGGCUGUGCUCAGAAUACUUCAGCGUGACCCAUCAGGAAUGCCAGCGGUGGGUGCCCUGCAAGCAGUACUGCCUGGAGGUGCAGACCCGGUGCCCCUUUAUGCUCCCUGACAAUGAAGAAAUGGUGUAUGGAGGGCUCCCUGGCUUUAUCUGUACAGGGUUGCUGGAUACUUCACCAAAGCGGCUGGAAAGCAAGUGCUGUGACGUGCAGUGGGUCUCCUGUGAGUCGGAAAAGAAGAAGUUCAAGGAGUCUGAGGCCCCCAAAACUCACCACCAGCAAUUCCACCACUCCUAUUUCCACCACUACCACCAACAGUACCGCCACUACCAUCCCCGCCAUGACCCCCCAGGCCAUAUCAGCCACAAGCCCUCCCUGCUGCCGGUCUCUGGGGACUCCCGCCUCAGCCCCAGCAGGAUCCGGCUCUAUGUCCUUGUUCUCAUGCUCCUCCAUACCAUGGUGUCCUUCUCCAGCAACCAGAGUGGUGGGGGACUGGGGCUGGAGGCACUGCCUGCCCUAGAUGAGGGCCUGACUCUGGAAGAGUGACAGCAGGGAGGGAGGACAGACCUCCACCACACACUGACAUCAGCUCCAGCUCCCCCAGGGGCAGGGGGAUGGGGCUCCUCCCAUGGGAGAUAUAGGACCAGGUGGGGGAUGGGGGAAAUGAGGGACUACACAUGGUCCCCAGCCUACUCCCACUCCAAAAGCAGCUCCAUCAGAAUGGCCAGAGGGCCCCGGGAGCUGCAAAACUCAUCCAGGAGAAGGCAGGAGCAGCAGGCGCCCCAUCCUAGGCCCCAUUUAUGGGGUUCAGCAAACAAAGUGGGGACUGGCAUUGUCCACCCCUGCUGAGAGCCCUGACCCCAGGGAAGGAGGCUGCUAGCCCAGCCUUGGCCCUGCAGGGAAUGUUGGGGGGCCCAGAGGGGAGAAGCUCUUUCACCCCUUCACAUUCCUUUUGUUGCCAAGAUCCUUAAUUCCCUUCUGCCCAUACCCCUACAGGCAACGGCAGACGCAGACGGUGCAGUGGCCCUCCUCCAGUGCACCUUGGCCCACAUGAGACCACAAUAGGGAAGUGCCAGGCUGGGAGAUGAGGUGCGCACAGUCACAGCUGGGUCAGGACUGCCCUCAAACUUCCCCACAACCCUAGGCAAUGAGGGGUAGGAAUGGGGUGCAGAAUGAGUGGUGAGAGAGUGGGGAUAGGGAAGAGGGAGAGGAGAGUUGUAGGCAGAGGGCUUAGAGAGAUGGCUAAAUGGGUUAUUGCUAUCAGGCUUUGGGUAGAUGGAUGAUCAGUGUUGAGGCAGGUUCAAGGACAGCUCCCCAAAUCAAAAAGGGUUGUAUAAGGAGCCCUGUGGGGGGAAAUUGCAGGAAAUGGGUUGUUGGGCCUUGAAGCAGAAGGCUGAGGUCACAUGGUCAGACUGCCGCUGUCUGGAGGGCCAUAUCUUACAGAAGGUGCACAUACUCCCAAGGGCCGCUCUUGCCCUGGAGAUCUUAGCCUUGGGGACAAAGACAUUUCCAUUUCUGAUCUCCAUGGGGAGGAGGGACUUAAGCCCAAGUGGGUCAGGCCUGGCCUGGGUCCCCAUACUCCCCCAUCUUGCCCUAGCCCAGGCCUCCAUGAAGGAGAAUCUGGUGGCAUUGCCCCAGAGCUUUCCAGAGAUGAGCCCCAUCCCUUCCCUGUCCCCAUCCCCAGCCUACCAAAGAGUAUUCAUCUCUUCCCAUUCCUGACCCCAUGAUAUACUAUUCCAAUAGUGAAACAACCAGACUCCUCCUCACCCUGUGGCGGGUCCGCUGAUCCAGCCACCCUUGCUCCUUGCUGGAGAACAUCUAGAAACUGGCAAAAAGGACCCACUGAAUAAAGAGAAUGUGCUGUCAUCUGUUGGCUGACAGACUUGAACUAUUUAGCCAGGUUAGAGGGCUGAGUGAGAGAAGAGGCAUCAAGAGCCCUUUGGGGGCCAUUAGCCUUGUGCUGAUCUCUUGGGAGUGGGAGACCACAUUGCCUGGGACAUCUCAAAGCCAACAGGAAGCCAGAACUGUCUGGAACAAGCCCAGCAGCUUUGGUGCCAGAAGACCCUGUGUCCUAGGAUGUGAUGCUAGUGAAUUAAGGGGAUGGGUAGCCGUGGAGCCACAUUAGGUAAAACCAAGAAGGGAAUCGAGAGGGGACAGCUGAAAUUGGUUGGCUAGGGGAUAAAUGGGAGACUUCCCUUGUAGAGAAGGAAUCAUUCUAGGGCCUCAAAUGUGUCCCAUAUAGACUUCAUGAGACUGGGAAGUCCUUCCCUACCAGUUUUUUCAUUUCUCAUAGCGUGCCCCCUCCCCCUACCCAUAUGCCCUGCCCACACACUCCCCUGUUUGGCCCUCAGCACUUUGGGCCUAGCCACAUACCCCAUCCCUAGAGUGCUCUUUUCAGCUGGGGAGGGAAAGAGGUGCUGGCUCCUUUCCAGAGAUGCUUAUGUCGACAUGAGAGACCCUAGGUACUGCCUUCUAACUCCUGCAUCCUCAGGAGGGGAAAAGGGGACUGGGAAGUAAAGGGGGACCUUAGGGCCCUAGGGAAUGGACCCUUGGAGACUCCCAUCCUCUCUUCCCCCUCACCAAGUGCCCAGGAGACCCCUGGCUCAGACCAGCCCAGGGCCUUGCCCGGUGGCAGGGGAAAGGGGCACCUCACUCCACCUCAAAGUCAUUUGAUUGUCCCUAUCCACCCCACCACCCAGAUACUACCCCUCAAGCUGCCCUGCCCUCCGCCACAGGCAGCAGAGCUGGACAGCUUUCUUACGCCAUUUUCUACACUGUGCUUCAUGAGUAGGACUUUCUUGCACUAGUUUCUAUGACUUGGGUCUCCAAGCUGGAUUCCUAGUAGUCCCCUGUCCCUUCCUCCCUCACCUGGCUAUGAUUCAGUUGUCUCCCUUCCCCUACCUCUGUGUUUCAGUGAGAGUCUGUAUGUGUACUGCUUUCUGUUUUGUUGCAUUGUGGGGCAGAGGCCUCUCUGCUCUUGUUUAACCCCAUAAAGAAAUAAAUUGUAAGACUUGAUGAUAA